AUGGAUCUCCCGAUCCUUCUACCAACGCCAUCCUCGUCAGCCCUACUGCCGCUCGACAACUACCUCUCGGGCAACAUUUUAAAUCCCGACCAGGUCCACCGAGUGCCCAUGCGCGCACCCCUCUCAGCGCCCGUGUCCACAACGCCCCUUGGAGACUUUCAGCGUUCCUGUCAAGCCGCGGCCCUUGUCGCGCGCGCUCUCGAGUGGAGGGCCGCCAGCGAGAGUGAGCGCUCAGACGCCCCCGUAUCGGCCGCGUUUGGCGCCUUGGACCUGGAGGCGAGGGAAAUGGUUGAAGUCAUGUUGAUGCAGGAGUGCCGGGCACCUUGCAGCGAUGCCAUCUCCAUGUGUCUGACACUCCUUAUCCUCCUCUCGUCCACCGUCUUGGAAUCUUCGAGCCUCUCCCUCACCUCUCCCGACAUUACCCUAAAGGCCUUGUCCACCCUCAACUUUUCCACCCGCCUCAUCAUUGAUGCCUAUUCGAGCCUGGCCGUCGGCUCGCCGGUACCUCACCCGACCAGUGCGCCCCAGCCGCUUCAUGCUCAGUCGCGAGCUUCGGUUUUGAGGUUCCCUCUCCCGUCCGCCGUCCAUGCCGUGCACGGAGCGAUGCUUGCGGCGGACGCUUUACCCCUGUGGGCGAGGGCGACGUUGCCAUUCUUCGUGGCGUAA